UAAUAUUCCACUACACAAUCAAAGUUCAGGAUUCCAUCAACCAAUCAGAGUGCAGUUUUGAACUACCCGGUCAGAGAGCAGUACUCAAUCAGCCAAUCAGAGAACAAGAGCAGGAAAUAACAAGCCAAGCUAGCAAACGGCAUUGCUUUUGAAAGAACUACACGUGACGGUUCUGCCUCCUUGUUGUGUCGUGGUGGGGGCGGCACUCGGGAGUGUUUGACUGGGAAGAUGACAUAUGCUUCGGUGUUUCUGUCGUCUUUGCUGUUAUCGUCUUUAUGCCGUUCGUUUGGUGCAGAGGUUUCCUUGUGGAAAAUAGAUGUUAAUUUGCAAAGAGAUGGCGUUUUUCGGAAGACCUUAUAUCCCAACAGCACAAUCUUCAUGGAAUUUCAGGGAGAUCUGGCCGCAUGUGAGGAGAAAAAAUUGGCCUUCAAUGUUAGUUGGUAUCUUCGUUCCUCCAUCUGCUAUAAUGAAGUAUUCAACACCCCUGACAACACUGCAAAGACCAUGUUUGGUAUGCAUCAGAAGCUGAAGGAGGACUGGACUGGUUUCUACAGUCAGGGCUCCAUCUACUUUGAAGACUGCGCGUCUCUAUUCACACAAAAGGUUUAUUAUAAAGAAUUUCAGCCAGUUCUGCCUCUCAGUGGUCAAGAAGAAAAGCCUACAAACCAAACAGGAAAUGUGUGGGAGAACAAGCUGGAAGGUGCAGUUGCCCAGUCGUGGUCGAACAGUCCCUACAUGUUUCUUGUAAGGUUUCAUCCAGAAGUACGUCCUGAGGCCAGUAGAGGGCGCAGACAGACAGAGAACAGUGAUGUUUCCAGCGAUUCACUGGAGCAUUUUUCACUUACAAUGAUGGUAAAAGUGAAGGGUCCUCAUGACUACUCUUCACCUGCUGACUGGCCUCUAAUGAUGUUCUUCAUGGUCAUGUGCAUCGUGUACGUGCUGUUUGGAGCUCUGUGGCUUCUCUGGCUGGUCUGUUACUGGCGAGACCUGCUCAGGAUCCAGUUCUGGAUUGGUGCUGUCAUCAUCUUGGGCAUGCUUGAAAAGGCUGUCUUCUACUCAGAGUAUCAGAGCAUCCGAUAUAGCGGCGACUACAACCACCAUGCUGUUAUCUUUGGUGAGCUGCUGUCUGCACUGAAGAGAUCUCUAGCUCGAAUUCUGCUGCUCAUAGUCAGUCUGGGCUAUGGCAUUGUCAGACCUAGGUUGGGAACUACAGUGCCCAGGCUGGUGGCUGUAGGUCUGCUUUAUCUGAUCUUCUCCUCAGUAGAGGGCGUCCUCAGGGUAACAGGGGGUUUCAGCGGCACAGUGGCUCUUAUUGCAAAUCUCAGUCUCUCCCUUAUUGAUUCCUGUGUCAUGUGGUGGGUUUUCAUCAGUUUAUCUCACACAACUCGGCUCCUGAAGCUACGAAGAAAUGUGGUCAAGCUCUCAUUAUACCAGCACUUCACCAAUACCCUCAUAUUCUCUGUGCUGGCAUCCAUCAUAUUCAUCAUCUGGACAACUAAACAGUUCAAGUUUGUGGACUGUCAAUUAGCUUGGAGAGAAAUGUGGGUGGAUGAUGCUUUCUGGAGGUUGCUCUUCUCCACUAUCUUGCUGGUCAUUAUGGUACUAUUACGACCAUCUGUUAAUAGUCAAAGAUUUUCUCAUUCUCCGCUGAUUGAUGAGGAUGUUGAUGAGGAUGAUGAUGUAAAGGAGCCUAUGCUCAAUGAAGCCUUUGAGGGAAUGAAAAUGAGAGGGGCAAAGUCAGAGACGCACAACAGUCAGAAACCGCUUGGCAAAGAGAGUUCACAAGAUGAUGACCUGAAAUGGGUGGAAGAUAACGUCCCUACAACUGUAAUCGACGUAGCUUUGCCUGCAGUGCUGGAUGAUGAGGAGGAACUUCUUAAAACCAAGAUGGAGAGGUCCAAGAUGGAGUAGACUUGGAAUAAGGCCAAAGAAGCAAGAAUGUUUUUUCAUCAGUGCUGCUGAGGACUUGGAAAAUGAUGUGAAAUGUCACUUAAUUAAAAGCCAUGAUUAGAAGCAGGGAUUUUUAUUUGUGUGAGCUGAGACAGUUUCUGGCCUGGGGCAAACUGUGGAAAUGAGUCUUAGGCUUGGUUUAAAAUCUCCAAUGAAAGUUUACUUGGUCUUGAUGUUUCUGUUUACUGUGUUAUCUAUAGGUCUUUUACUCCACUUCUAGGUUUUUUGGUUUUUUUUUUUUGUACGGCUGGGAAACACUGGGAUUCUAGGGGUGUGACUGACUUUACUAACCAUUGACCUACAGCUGUUCCUCAGUGCAUGGAUGGGUUUGAUUACCCAUCCUUAGUAUACAUGCCAAAAAUGCAAACUGGUUACUUUUUUAAUACCAUACUGGUCACGGUUUUUAAUGGGUUUAAUUAUUUUGCACACAGCUUGUCUUUUAUUUUUGUGAACAAGGUCACUUGAAAUAAAAAAAAAACUGAAUGUUUAUUUAGUUUCUAAUCCAUGUUUUAAGAGUAAAAUGAACCCCUGUGUAAGGGGUUUGUGGUAAUUCUUUGUAUAUCUUUUUUUUUUUGUAUUUUAUUGCCUUAGCUGUAUUUGGAUCCAUAAAUAUUUUGACAUCAGCAAAGUUACUGUUGUUUUACCUGACUACCAUAGAAUAUUAGAGAUUAAAAGAGCCUUAAAGUGCAAAUUGUUUUAUAUAAUACAUCAUAAAUCAACACUUGGUUGAAAAUCCUUUGCAAUCAAUGACUGGCUGAACACUGGAGCCCAAAGACAUCUUCCCUGGUGUUGCUCUGCCAGGCUUUUAAUGCAGCUGUUGUCCAUAAAUUAAAUGCAUGCUUCUUUGAA